CAGACAGUAACAUACUAACCGUAUACACAACGGUAUUAUAUUGGUAACAUAUCAAAGCUCUCUAUAUGUCUCUGAAGAAAAGAUCUUGCUCGAGGCUUAGACUCACCGAUUUGAUGGAGAAGUGGAGGAAGUGUAAGAAAGGACACUUCGCUGUGUAUACCAGAGAAGGCAGGAGGUUUGUUUUACCCUUGGAUUAUCUCAAACAUCCAAUCUUUCAGGUCUUAUUGGAGAUGGCAGAGGAAGAGUUUGGCUCCACUAUUUGUGGCCCUUUACAGGUUCCUUGCGACGGAGGUUUGAUGGAUCACAUCCUCAUGUUGUUGAGGAACAAGAGUUUGUCUGACCAUGAUGAUGAUGGUGGUGAUGAUGGUGUGAAGAAGACGAUGAACCAGGAUGUGUCCCCCAUGAGCACGUCGUGCAAGGGAGCUUCAUCGGUUUCAUAUUUCUUCCCUCUCUUUCGUUGCAACGCAGCCCAUGAUCAGAGCAAGCUCCAGUCUCUAGUUUUUUAACAGUUUAUGGUUGUGGAGAGCGCUUUUUAUACACAAAAAUCUUUUCUGUUUGUAUAUAAAUAGAAACAGAGAUUCUCUAUAAACCUUCAGUUUGUAUAUCAUUA